UACAUCUUGUCAAAGUAAUGUUAAAUAUUUAGUAGAAGAAAUUUCAAUAUUUGUAAUUUACUGGAAAAGAAGUAAAUAUAAUGUCGUUUUUAACUCGAACUGGCUAUUCAUUCGCAAAAAAUGCUAUAUUGUCAACAUCUUUACGUUCUAUAUCAACAACAAAACAAUUACGACUUAAAAAAUUACGAGAACAUAAAGAGGGUUCUUCGUUAGUAGUUGAAGGCGUAACCGUUCCUUCUCCGCGGACAGAACUCCUAAUAAGAGCGGUAAACAAUCAAGAAAAUGCACACCAAUGUAAAGAUACUUGUUAUAUGUGUGCAUUAAAUUUAGACGUGAAACAUACAGAUGUACUUAUCUUGAGUCAGUUUGUGAGGACCGACGGUUGUAUGUUACCUAGACGUAUAACAGGAUUAUGUCAGAGACAGCAGAAGAAAAUUGGAAAACUAGUCACUAUGGCACAGAAAGCAGGUUUGAUGAUAAAUUUAACACCAGCAUACUGUCAUAAAGAUCCCAAGAAGAGAUAUGGCUUUAAAAAGUUUAACACAUACUUUGAUGAAAAAACAAUAUUCAUGAAGAGAAUACCAAAACCCACAGAUAGAUUUGAGCGUUGAAUGGUUAAUUAUGUGUAAAAUUAAAUUGUGAUAGAUUAUCAA